CAGUCGUUAGCGCAGCCGUGGCCGUCGUCCAACCGUUGUUACUGUUCAACGUUCAACGCAGGUCGUAUCUAACAAUCUAGCGCUCUGGGGGCAAAUUCCAGUAGCAGCUUGUAUCAGUCAGUCGCAUCGCGAUACAUAUCCUGUUCUUUCUUUCUUUCUUGUUAUAAUCUCGAGCGCGUGGUUUAUCCAUACUAGCUCGAGUAUUUCAGGAGGCCAUUCGAACUAUCCCCUGGACCGAAUUCUUUGACGUGUAGAACUGGUUUCGCAUCGUCAAACAUGUCAGGUCCUACUUACCAAUUCAAUACGCCUCGCCCGCGUCCUCCUCCGCCCCCUCUGCGCUUUCAGAAAUCCAAAAAUUCUUCAUUGACCAAUAUGCAUUCCAACUCGCAAACACUCCUUUACGAUCUUCCUCAUUCUAGUGCUAUUUCACCGCCUGGAAGUCCAGCUGCGAAACCUGGUGUAAUACCACCACCCUCUCCUUCAUUUGGCGGCAGACCCAGAGGGCGCAGAAAUGGUCACCCUGGCCCAACCCCACCCCCAACAUCUCGAAAUCGAUCGAUCACUCCUCUUGGGGUCUCUCGCAGUGAGCUCGAGAAAUUCGCAGAACUCUGUCGUGCAUGGUACUUCAACCAAGAUGAAGAGUCUGGCCGACAAGUUACCCAGACUCUAGCAAAUUUGCCUCCUGCUCAACGAGCCCCAUUUUCACGCCUCCAGGCAUCCAUCCGUUCUGCUUACCAUGCGAGCGUCAAUGCCCGUCGACACGCGGAAUUUCAGGCACAUCUUAACGCAACUCAGCCGGGUGGAUCGUUAAUGCCGCAUUCUAGAGCAAAUCCAAACGGUCUAGUGGCACAGAAGGAACGCUUUGACCGAUUAGAUAAAUUUGUUAAGACAUGGUGCACGAUGGGCAUGCCUGGAACCAAACCUUUUUUUCAGGCUUUGUGGGCAAUCAUGCGGCUUCAAGUUGUCCCAGAGCAUCUUGGCGGUGCGGGGGCAAACCGAAUACGCUGGGAAUUUGAUGAUGCUGUUUUCAAGGAGUCUGCUGGGAAAGACUUCAUGCUUGAUGCCAUUGAUGUCCUCAAAGGAGUGUUGGGCUUUGAAGAGGUUUCAUCCUCGAAGCAAAGCAGCAAUUGUGCCUCUCACCAGCCACAGUCUGUGCACUCGCGCUGCCGCUCACAACCCUUGUCCAAUCCCCGCGAGACGAAUCGUUCGAAUGCUUCACCAAUCGCCAUGACUACCCAGGCGAAACGCGCGAGAGCUACGAGCGACCCAUUUUUAGAUAUGCCCGCCCUCUCACACUCCAUCCCAUCCGCGUCUUCCCAAUCCUCCGGGGCUACAAUCCCUCCCUCUGAAACUCCCGAAGAUAGUUCCACUUCUGUUACCCCGCAUGAUCAAGAUGGGGAAGACGAAAUAUUGCCCCCCCUUCGAUCAGAAUUCGUCGCAGAGGAUUCUGAAGACUACUUGCGCAUUUGGACGUCUCCGGAUCUUCCAAAUCCUGAGUUGUUGUCAUUACUAACUGUAUUUCCUGCAUUCAUCACCCGCCGUGCCCUGCCGCGUUUCACUUCACCUCUGAAUGCUCGUGCCGCCGACAUUGAGGAGGGCGAGGAGGAGAGAGGAGAAGGCAAAGAAAUUCACUUCGGCACUGGUUCGAUGUGGAUUAGUUCUAAGCCGCGCGGCGACGGUUGGCGUGGAGACUGGUGGACAAGAUUUGUCCUUUGGUGGCGAAGAUUGUUCUGCUAAAUAUGGUGCUUCACCCAAGACAUUGGACAUAUGUAACACUCCUUGUUUAUCAUUUUGCAUAUACCAGCGUACACUUACCAUCUACAGACGCUAUCCGGAAUGAAAACACAGACUGUCAGCUAGGGAUAUCAUCAUUCCAAUGAAUCGUUAUGCAUAUGUUUGCGUUAUACAAUGAUAGCAUUUUGGACACUCCUGCUGACACGUCAACGAAUCGUUUAACUUGUUAUCGCUUACUUGAGGUCGUCCGGUACCGUCGAUUCAUUAAUUUCGGG